CGUGUCAUAUCAUGAUCAUGGCUGAAUCUAAGAUCAGAGACUCUGGACUGUCAGGAUCGACCGUGAGGGUCAUGAAGGAUGAAGAAGCCGCGCACGCACCGGAGCCGGAAUGGAGGCCUACAAUACAUGAGUUGGCAAUUAUGCUUACAAUGUCCGUCACAUCGCUCAUGAUUGCUUUGGACGCGACAAUUGUGGUCACUACCAUCGAGACCAUCGUCACGGAUUUAAACGGCUCCGCAACGGAGGGAUUCUGGAUAGGAACUUCGUACCUACUCACAUGCGCGGUCUGCAUGCCCUUCAUCGCGUCUUUAAGCGACAUAUUUGGCCGACCGAUCUGCCUUCUCGCGUCCCUGGCCAUAUUCGCGAUUGGGACUCUUAUCUGCUGCUUGGCUCGUGGUAUUGCAACGCUCAUUGGCGGCCGAUGUGUCCAAGGUAUUGGCGGCGGAGGUCUGAUCAUCCUUGGAUUGGUCAUCUUCACAGACAUUGUGCCGUUGAGGUUCCGUUCAAAGUACUACGGGAUCAUCCAGGGUGCUUGGGCUAUCGGCACAUGCAUUGGACCUCUCGUCGGGGGGGCGUUCGUCGAGCACACUACGUGGAGGUGGAUUUUCUACAUCAUGUUCCCCUUCAUUGGUAUUGCUUUCGCCACAAUACCAUUUGUGCUGACGCUCAAACCAAGAACCGAGUCAUUCGGAACCAAACUUGCACGAGUGGACUGGAUUGGAGGCUUCCUGUUCAUUUCGUCAUCAACCAGCUUACUGAUCGCGAUCUCGUGGGGUGGAACACAAGAACCUUGGAGCAGCUGGCGGACGAUUGUUCCACUGGUGCUUGGGGCAUUUGGCUUGGUUGCAACAGGCCUGUUCGAGACCUAUCUCGCAAAAGAGCCCAUAUUCGGUCGCAACAUAUUCCACUGCCGUGAUUCAUUCGCGGCAUACGCCGGUGCAACUUUGCAAGGCUUCCUGCUCUAUGGAAUUCUCUAUUAUGGAGAACUAUAUUUCCUGGCUGUAAAAGGCUAUGGUCCUGUGCACGCCGGCUCCGCAGCCCUUCCAACAACCUUAUCCCUCGUUCCCGGCUCCGUUGUGGUAGGCAUCCUCAUUACGAAAUUCGGGUCAUUUAGGUGGGCUAUAUGGAGCGGAUGGGCGCUAAGCACAUUGGCAAACGGCCUCCUCGUCCUUUGGGAUGUCGAUACACAUGUUUCAGUUUGCACAGUCAUUCUCAUCCUCAUUGGCAUCGGACACGGCUUGGUGCUCAACGCACAGAACUUUGCGACGCAGGCCAUUGCUUUGACAGGCGAUGAGGCACAAGCGGCGGCUAUGUAUGCAUUCCUUCGCUCGUUCGGGAUGGCCCUUGGAGUAGGCAUCGGCGGCAGCGUCUUCCAAAAUGUCAUGAUGAUCAAGCUGAACUCAUUCGGUCUGCCUAACAGCAUCGCCCGCUACGCCGAGGCAUACAUUCGGAUUUUGUGGUCAUCUCCACCAACGGAGCAGACGGACCAAAUCCUCCAAGCUUAUGCGUAUGGCCUCAGGGGCACGUACGGUCUGUUUUGCGCCAUUGCUGGCACAGCCGGCAUCGCGAGCAUCUUUAUCCAAAAAUUCGACCUGAACAAAGAGCUUAGGACAGAGCACACCUUGGGCGAAAACAGAAUCACAAGGAAACUCGAGGAUGUGUCGCGGCCUGUGUCAUAUUUUUCUACCUCGCGAGCUGAGUCUUGCAACGCGUCAAAAUUACAUGUCGAUGUGGAAGUUAAUUCCAGACCGUCCUCGACAGACGAACGUACAGUCGGCGCCAUGUCACGUCCAGUUUCCGAUGUGAGAGCAUCCUAUCUUACUGUCCCUGGUAUGAGAACAUGACGGAUUGAAGGCUCAUUGUUAGUGUUCCUUUUUCCAUAGUUGCUUGUCACGAUUGAGACGAGCAAAGAAUAUACAGCAGAUGAAUGCCCAUUUGGGAGGAUACAACAAGGCUUGGCCUAGAAAUGUGAAUGAAAAAUCGAAUUAUUAGCGAAUUACUUCUUCCACGAGGGGAUCUUGCUUAGUCCUGCAAUCUUCAUAGCAAUCAACGCUAAAAUGCACCUACAC